AUGGACAUUGAGGUGAUACACCCUGCAAACAAGGUGGAGAUCUCCACCACACUGCGAGUGUCCGCAUUGGAGGAAAUAGGAGGUAAUCUUUGGGUUGGUUUCGUCAAUGGAGACAUUUCCAUUUAUGAAUUAGAACUGACGACUUCAUCAGACUCUGAAUCCCGUUCAACCAAGACAGAUAGCGGCAAAGCAAAGCAAUUGAAGUCAUAUAGAUCUCUUCAUGAUAUAAAGACGCUUUUCCGUACGGGGAGCCUUUCCUUAAAACUUGCUGUAAAGAAUUUGGCUGGGAGAAGCCUAACAAUUGAAAAGAUGUGUCAAAUAAACCACCAUGAAGACCAAAAGCAGAGUCCUGGCCAAGUAUUAGUGGCAAUUAGCGAUUCCGAAGCAGUUGCAAUAUAUGAAUGGAAUCAUAAAACUUCAAGUUUGACAAUAUUGAACGAGGUUGAAGAUUCUAAAAGUUCCGUAGACUUUUUGUACAUGCCCAAGAGGCAAUUGCUCUUGAUAGGUUCCAAAAAGCGACUAGUGGUGCAUAGCGUAGUACCGACUAAUAAAGGACUGAAGAUCAAGAUGCAAAGAAUCAAUGACAUAAACUUUAAGGAUAGGUUUAGAGCAAUUGGGGAAUUUUCAGACUCUAAAGUAUUGAUUGGUUUAACAAAUGACUUUGUAAUAUUGGAUGUUGACUCAGAUUUCAAGGUGGAGUCAUUACCAACGAAUGAGGAUGAACUCUACAAUUUCAGUCGCUCAUCCUCGUUCAGUUACUUUGGGUUGAACAGUUCUGGACCUCUGACCCAUAUAAUCCCAGUGAUGUAUGGUUCGACUAUAAAAGAAUACAUUCUUACGCAAGAUGGAAUGAUUACGAGAUUUACAAGUUCUGGAAAUUUGUAUAGUGUUCCUCUCAAGUCACAGGUAGUUCCAGUGGAAAUAUUAUUCCUUGAGCCAUGUUAUCUUGUGUUGGUCUAUGCCAAAAAGCUUGAAAUUGUUGAUUAUGAAAGUGGUGAAGUUAUUCAGAGAUUCCAACAUCAAAUUAAUUCAAACGCAAUAUGUGCUUCUGUUUUUGAAGAUAGUAUUGUAUUGAGUUCAGGAAUAGAUCUUUUUAGAUUCACCAUCAAAUCUUUUAGUGAUCAAAUCAACCUGUAUUUGAACAAUAAUGAACAAUUGCCUCGUCAAAAGAAAGACGGGCAAUAUGACCCUCAAUUGGUGGGACUUAAUCUGGCAAUUGCAUUGAUUGCAAGAUUGUCUCCAGAGAACUCAUUUUUUGAAUCGAACUCCAUAAAUAAUGCAAAGACCAAACAGUUAAAACUUCGAGCUUUGUAUCAAAAGAAGAGUGUGCUACUUUUCGAGAAAUAUUCAAAAUUCCACGAAGCAUUAGUUGAAAUUGGUUCUGACUGGUUAAUAUCAAAUAAAGUAAUUUUGGGAUUAUUUCCUGAUUUCUUAAAUGGGGACGUUUUAUUGGGAGGUGAUAAGUCACUGAAUCAAGGGAAAUAUUCAAAUCAAGUAAAAGAGGUCACAUUGGAAGAUUUACGAGAUGUCGAUUUAUUUGGAGAGUCUGGUACAGAGAAUGAAGCCACUGAAGGACUAGCAUCAAGGAAGGGUAAUACUCCUCCUGGCCCUGUUGGUAGACCACCACAUAUCAGAAGAUUCCUUAGAGCUGUAAACAAUUUAAUUAUUUAUCUAACUGACCAAAGAAGAAUUUACCAAAACUUUUUGGGUACAACCGGGAAAUCCAAUCAAUAUCUGACUCUCAAGUGGAAUGAUAUUACAUUAAAUGUCGAAGACGUUUAUCAAUCCACCUCGCCACAAGAGGUUGCCAAAGUUAUAGAUACCUCAUUAUUCUUGUGUUAUUUUUAUACAAAGCCAAUGCUUCUCGGCCCGUUACUUCGACUCCCGCACAAUCAUUGUGACUCUCAUAUUGUUAAUGAGUGUUUAUUAAGAAAUGUACAUAAUCAUGAAGAACGCCAGGCAAGUUUCAUUAAAGAACUUUUGGAUUUCUACUAUGGAAGAUCCCUACAUAAAGAAGCUCUUGAAAUGUUAUAUAAAUUGUCCCAUGAAAAUUUGGAAGAUCACGGCGAUGAUUUUGAUGAUUACUUGAGGGGACCUGAUCUUACCAUUCAAUACCUUCAAAAAUUGAACAACCAAUAUAUGGAAUUAAUAUGCGAAUUCUCCAGAUGGGUUCUUUUGGAGAAUACAAAUCCGAUCAUUCUAGGUAAAUUGUUAUUUAUGAAUGAUUCAUAUGAAUGUGAAUCAUAUGAUGGGUUCACUAUUUUAAACUUUUUCAGCUCAAUAAUUAAAAAUGAUGAAUUAACCAUUACAUAUUUGGAAUGGUUAAUAUUCGAGAGUGAUACUAUUGAAAGAUAUAAGAAAAUGGGAGGUAUUCUGAAGUUGCAUACACGGUUGUGUUUGCUAUAUAUCGAGAAAUUGAAACAGUUGGAUGAAGAAACUGAAGAAGAUAUUAUCUUUUAUGACGAUUCAGUUUAUAAAAAACUUUAUAGAUUUCUCCAGACUACAAAUCAGUAUGAACCGUGGACUGUGUUGAAGUUUAUCCCAACUAAUAUCAAUCGAUUUCUUCGUUUCACAGUGCUUGUGUACAGACGAUUGAACGAGCAUGAUAAGUCCAUUGAUGUUUUAUUUAAUCAAUUAGAUGAUUUGGAUGCUGCAAUGGAUUAUUGUUCCGAUAUAUAUUAUCAACCACAUAACAAAGAAGUUGGUCAAAGACUUCUUCAUAAGCUUCUUGAAGAUUUAUUGGUCAACGUUAGUGGGAAUAGAGAGUUGAUAGAGAAGCUUUUAUAUGCCCAAGGAACAAAGAUGUCAAUGCUUCGUAUUCUUACCUCGCUCCCUAAUUCUUUCCCGAUAAAUCAUAUUUCUGGUUAUCUAACCAAUACAUUAAGAGCAUCCCAGGAGGAGUUACAUGAUAGUCGUAUAUCUAGCCAGUUAUAUAAAGUUGGACUGAUUAAACUGAAUGCUAGUUUACUCGAAGCACGAAUGGAACACGUGGAUAUAUCUAGUGGGAACCAGCCAUGUUCUAUUUGCCAUAAAAAGUUAGGCUAUAGUGUUUUCAGUGUUAAUAAGAGUGGAGAAAUAUCACACUAUGGAUGUGCAUCUCGAGAAUAG